GCUGUGUGUGGGAGUUUCAGGAAUAACGGGACACUAGCUGUCGAAUCUUUACUCUUAAGUAUUAUGGCGUUUGUGGUCAAAUUUUCGUGUGCGGUAGUUACUAGGUUGCUUUUCAUUCUUAUCUCACUCAUCGGAGUUUGGAGAGUGACAUUGGUUAAAGAUGACAAUAUCUACUGGUUUAUGACAUUCCUCUUUCUACCUCUCGUUGUCGAAAUGAUAAUAACUUUGAAAAGAAGAAAGGGAAAAGAUUAUAAAUGGUUCUCGCCAGCCAUUAUGUUGUUCCUUGUCAGUAUCAUUCCAUCCAUCUGGAUUCUGGAACUACAUCAUCAGCAUCACAACUCUAGUGACCUCCAGUGCAAGAAACUGGACUCAUGGGAAAAUGUGAGAAGCAUGAUUUCUCGGAACGAAACGGUGGGGAAUUUAACGGUUCAAACCUAUCUAAAGGGUCUUGACCAACUCUUGUCCACGGUUUGUCCCAACGACUGGAUCCUGGCCCUCCAUCAGGUCCUUCUAAUCCUACUCAUCAUAGGGAAGUGGCUCCUCCCACUGGGGGGCGGGGUCACACGGGAGGAGCUCUCCCAGCUCCUGCUCAUCUUCGUUGGCACAGCAGCUGACAUCUUGGAGUUCACCAGUGAAACACUGUCUGAUGUCAAGGAAAACAGCCCUCAGCUGGUGUACAUCAUCUUGGCGGUGUGGACCUGGAGCAUGUUACAGUUCCCUCUCCAUCUGGCCGUGGUGAACUCAAAGCCAGAAAGUGAGGGUGAAGGCCAAGGCGAUUCCCUCCUGACCAAGCACAGCACAGACAUAUGGAGCAUCAUUGAGAGCCUAUUCAUCCAGGAUGGCCCUUUCCUUGUGGUCCGGCUCACCGUCAUGACCUACUUUGAUGUCUUUCACCAGAUGUUGGUGUUCUUUACCAUUAAAAACUUCCUGGUGGUCAUCCUGAACUUCUACCGGCUGGCCGUCAUAUGCCAGAACUACAGACCUGUAGUCAGGUCCAGAAGCAGCAGUAACAUCCCUGAUUGUAGUAGGGUAGAGGUGGAGAGGAAGUAUGGGGAGGGGAGGUUGGAGAGAGACAAGGUUCCUGCCUCUGCUUUGGAGGAAGUUAAUACAGAAAGUACCAUUACGUAGUGCACUGUUUAUACAAUGCACAAGUUCAAUAUUGGACAGGAUUUGUGAGUUCAAAAGCUGGAAUUAAUUAUCUGACUUGACAUUUCCAUGCGUAAAGAGAAGGAGAGACAGAAACCGUUUAAAAGUCACAAGCAUAUAUUCAAUUUCAGCUCAGCUGAUUUUCUACAGUAUUUUAACUUUUUUGUAAUGUUUUUACCCCUUUGACAAAAAUGACAUGGCUUAGAAGUUUACCCCCAAAAGGUAUGUGAAAUAGAAUUUAAAAAAAUUGUUAGCAAACAAAGAGUAUGACUGAAAAGGUAGGCAGCCAAAUGUAACUGUCCACAGCUGACAAAAUCUACCCAAUUUUGUUUUCCAAUGGGUUGCUUUUGACGAUGGGAAAAGGUGUGAUUAUGCAGUGGAUUCGGAAAGUAUUCAGACCCCUUCCCUUUUUCCACAUUUUGUUACGUUACAGACUUAUUCUAAAAUUGAUUAAAUAAAAUGUUCCUCAUCAAUCUACACACAAAACCCCAUAAGAACAAAG